AUGGAAGAUUUAUCCUUAUAAAUCUUAAAAUCCUUAAAAAAUCAAAUAAUUAAAUAAUCAUUAUAACCUUAAUUUUAAUGGAUAAAAUAUAAAAAUCCAAAAUAUAAUGAUAUAAAAGUAAACUUUUAAGAAGAUAAUAGGUUCUUUGAAAAUAAAGUACACAAGUGGAUUUGGUAUAAAAACCUAAAUAUACCACUCUACUCUUUUACUUUAAACAGUUUAUAUGAUGAAAUUUUUUAUAUGUAAGUUCUUGCAUUUAAAUGGUGCUCUGACUAGAUAAAUGAAAACGUGUUUAUUCACUCAUAAUUAUCUGGUGUUACUGUCCUUAAAAUUUAAAAUUAAUAAUAAUAGUCUUUAAACGGAGUUAGAUUUAUUGAUACUUCUUUCAAAUAUAGAGUAUUUAUUAAUUAUGUUUUAAUUUUAAUAAUAUUAUGUUAAAUAAUUUAGGGUGAGAAAUUUAUAUUGAUGUUUAUUAUAAAAAAUUCGAAUAAUGAAAUUAUUUAGGCAAGAAUUUCUUCUUUUAUAUUUGUAGAAUCUAGAAAAAAAAGCCAUAAAGAAAGAUAAACAGUAUAAAGUAUAUUUAAUCCCUUUCUACCAGAAUAACUUAAGAAAAAAAUUAUUAUUCAUCCAUUUUUCUUAUUAUUAAAAUUUCCUAAAGCUAUAAAAUUAUAUUAUAAUACCAACUAUGUUAAAGCUAAUGAAAAUCAUUCUCAUUUAUUUGUAUCUUUAUAAAAAGAGAUUUUAAAAAUCCUUCUUUUUCCAAAUAAAAAUGAAAAAGAAUAAUAUAAAAAUAAAAUUUUUAUUAUGUGUUUGAAUAUUAAUUGCAACUCAUUAAUUUACUACUAAGAUUAUCAAAUAAAAGAAAUUAUUAAACAUUUAAAGCCUUUAUAAGGAUAAAUAUUAAGCUUUAGUGAAUGUCUUUUAGAUACUAUACCUGCUUAAUUUUAAGAAUUUGAAUAUCAUGUAUAAAAAUUAUAUUAACCAGAUUUAUUUUUAUAUUAAAAAGCCAAAUCUAAAUAAUAUCUAUACGCAAGCUUAUUCUAAUUUAGCUAAUUAAAAAAUAUACAUGGAUAUUUAAAAAGAAAAAAGUAGAGUAAAAGUAGAAGAAUAUGAAGAAGAAGUAGAAGAGAACGUUAGUG